GAAAACAAUGUUCGCUCAAUGGACUGUGGAGACUAUGCGUUUGAAGCUAUACAUCAUAAUUGUACAGAAGUUUUGAGUAGUAUACUAUCACCAAGGGAAUGGGAAGUUGAUGGUAAAAUAUUUUCUCAAAAAAUAUCUAUCCAACCGGCUACUAACCGUGAUGUGAAAAAUCUUGUUGAGAAAUUUGAUACAUAUUUAAAAGAAUAUAACACUAAAGAGGUGGGACUUUGCCCGAUCAAACACGAAAUUUACAGUCAAUGUUUUAACGAAGUCAUAAGACAAGUGACGUUAAACUGUACCGAACGGGGUUAUAUGUUGAUCCGAAUUCGCGAUGAACUCCAGAUGACCAUAAAUGGCUAUAAAGAAGUGUACGAGAGUGCAUUAGCUCACGGGAUUCGAAAGUCAUUACAGCGGGAACAUAAAAAGUUUGAUUUAUUGAAGAGUGCGGAAUAUUUGAGGACUGAAAACAAAAGUUUAGAGGACGAGCUGAUGGAAAUCACUAUGAUGAUAGAGAAAAUUGAUCGAGACGCUGCUGAAGAGCGUAACGCGGUCAUUAAACGUCAAAUCGAAGAGUUGGACGGUCUGAAAAGAGCCAACCAACUGGUAAAAGUUCAAUUGGAAUCUAUCGUAGCGCAGAAAAGUUUAUAACACGAGCAUUGAAGCUGCAGUGGUAUCACAAUAUAAAUAACAAUAUGCAUGUCUCCUAAUCAGCAAGAUAUAAAAUACCUAUAUGCUUAUAUAUUAUUACAGUUGUAUAUUUAUCAUUAUAAUGGUUGUAAUACAGCACUUAAAAUGUAUGAUUGCUACUUAUUUUUAUAU